UUAAAGCUCUGAAGGCUGCAAUUAGGCCAUGCGCAUGUACAAUGUAUAUAUUACAGUACUCAGCUCGGUAAUGGAUGAGAUGGCAGAUCUGCGCUUAUAGACCGGUGUGUAUACCACCACGGCAUUCGAUGCGAAAAUGCCGCCGGCGGUAGGUCGCGGGCCUGUAUCCACAUAUCAGCAGCAUAGUACCACAUGGACUUCGUGUAGCCAGGCGCCAGGCAGUGCGAACUUCAGGUCGGUAGCGGUUUGUAAGAUAUAUCUUACAAACCGCUACCGACCUGAACUGUAUCUGGAUGGAUGUGUUUUAAUAAAGAUCAUAUUGGGCCCAUUCAGAUACAGA